CAUGUAUGUAGCUCUCUCUACAUGCAUGCCAAUACAGUUAAGAGACAAUGAGGAGAACUUGGAAUUCUUUGAAGUGCUGCUUUCCCAUACUUUUGAUUUUUAAAAACGUGUAAGAAGAGAAACAUAUACAGCAUAAUAAACCUGAGUAUCUUCUCUUUAAGGGAGAGUGCUUUUUGAAUAUCAAGGAACAAUAAAAUUAUCUUGUUGACACUUUGGUUAGAAAUCUGUCCUGACCCUUAUCUGACUGCUAAAAACUUUCUCUUUCCCUCUAAUUUUCUUUCAUUAAAAUUUUUUCCUUCCUUUAAAUGAUUUUUUUUUUUAAUGCUACCUUUUUUUUUGGGUUCCAGUGUUUUAUGCAUCAUUUGCCCCACAACUGUCCUUGAAAGGGGGAAAUUUCCACGAUGUGAUUUCUUUAACAUGUUGAUCAUAAUGUUUUGAUAUAAUGUUACCAGUUUUUUCACACACACAAAUUGUGUCAGACAACACCAGAAAGGAUCAUGGCCUCUUAAACAUGCACUUCAAAGUGUUACUUUGGCACUUGAAGUUCAAGUGGUCCUUUUUUUUCCUGGGCACUGUCUAAGCUGAAAGCAGACAGCUGGUGAGGUUACAGGAACAUAGUUGUGAGUAUGUACUAGACGUGCCCUUUUGGAAAAACAUUAGAUCUCAACCUUGACAGCCAUUUAUCAAUUGCACUUAAGAUUAAAGCCUUGGCAAGUAAACAGACAAACAUUAAAAGGUGAGUUUAUGUAGUUGGUUUUUUUAACAAGAAGCAUCUCAGUGGAUACACAUCUCUUUGAUGCUGAACAAAACCAAUGCUAUUCAUCACUGUCUUACUGGAAUGUUCUCCGUUUUCACAAAAGUAUAUAGAAUGAGCAGUGAAAUUUAAUACCAUGUUUGUGUUGCUUGUAUGUACCUAAAAACACUUUGCAAGUGUUGGCUUCAACUGGGCAUUUCAAUGUUAAGAUUAAAACAAACAGCUGAACCUAAAUAUUUUAGUAGAAAUGGAGUAUGUGUGUCUAGCCUGGGCUAUUUCAGUACUGAAGAAAUAUUUUUAUCAAUAUAUUCUCCCUGGGUACUACUUGCUGUUGGAGAAACCUGGAAAAAUUCUACCAUAAACUGUUAAAGGGUUGUUUAUUCUUUCAGUAAUGCUAAGGAAGUCUGGUUUUACUCUCUCUUAGAAAACAAGCUGUGUUUGUUGGUAUUAUGUUUUAUGUUAGGCUCAUAAAUGCUUCCUAAAUGAUUAUUAAUCCUGAGUUUAUAUAAUGAGCUACAACUGUUUCCAUGAUUACCUAACAGUGGGCAAAUGGUAGCAGGUAGCUGUUGCUGUUCUGACUUAAUAUCCUUUACAACAACAAAAUCCUAUUGCUCAUUCAAGCAGAGAGAGAAGGGUCCUUUCUAUACAUGGUAGUAUCUAAAAUGUAUUAUGCUGAGGUGAUUUUCUUGUAUUAGGGACGACAAAGAUGUACCUUAUGUAUCUCAGUGGUAAUGACUGUUUGGCUUAAUUACAUCAACGUCUUGUAAAUGCUGACCGACUUGCUUCUGUCUUCAAGUCCCUACUCUGAAAUUCUUGUCUAUAUUUUUAAUAUGAGCUGUUUAUCAUGAGCAACCUGUGUCACUGUGAGUGCUCAGGGCUUGUAAAAACAGUUGCAUAACAGUUACUUGUCUGGUGAAUGUAAUUCAGAAAAUAGCCUAAUUCCAGAGUUGACUUCAUUGAAAUUUUUGUUCAUAACCAAAUGCCUCUUUCAGAUGCCUACUCAAAACAUCUGAAUAUUUUUGUCCUGUUUGCUUAGGGAUGACAAAAUGGGCCAUUUUUAGUGUUUAAAGAUGAAAUCGGAGAAAGUGAAAUAGGAAAUAGAAAAUAGGAUUUGCUGCUAGCAAGAGCAAAGAGCUUUGUUCUGUGUUCAGCCUUCCCAUAUGUUUUUCAUAAAACAGAUAAACAGUUUUGUUUUGUUAGUAACAAUGUAUAAAUUUUACUUCCCUCCUAGUGACGGCUUUGCUCUUGCAUUUUUGAUUACUUUUGAUUUCACCAGUGGUAUUAAUUACAUGACCUGUGUGAAAGUACAAAGACAAGUAAUUUCUGUUGCUGCAUUUUUUGCGCAUGUGUAAUUAUAGUUAGUACUGGGACCAAAGGUCCUUGAAACAAGAACAUUAGACUUAUUGACCAGAUAGAACACACAUCACUUUCACCUUGCCUCAAAAGGCUUGUCAGAUUUUCCUUUACAUGUAGUUUAAUUCCUUUACAUAAAGCCUAAGUAUAACCCUGGCUCUAGUUAUGGAGGAAAUAUGAAAUCAGCUGGGACAAAUUCAUUGAAACCUCUGAAAAAAACAUGAAGUGCUCCUUGGCAUGUUGGUAAUCAUCUGGAAAAGAGAGAGUGCAUUUUUCUCAGCGGGAACUCUUCAAGCAGUAAGAAAGCAAAACAAUUCUACUGGAUUUUCAUGGAUGUGGUGGGAGAAAAUGAGGCCUUACAGCAGUUCUUUGAAGGUAAGAGUCUAGUUUCAAGAGAAAGUCUUAAAUUUUUGGUGGCAGCAAAACCACAGUAAUUGUUUGGAGGUAAUUGAGGAAAGAAGGAGGAAGAAGAGCCCUGAAACCCAAAACCCCGUUUACACAAAGCUAUUGUGUAAGGCAGUGAAAUAGUACAAGUGGUACAGAUGUGCUGCAGUGCCUUUUUCUUUGUACUCCAGCCAGGAAACCAAAGGAAAGGUGGACUCAGCAGAGCCUACAGUACUGCCAUGGUAAUUGCCUUGAAGAAAAACUGGGAAGUGAAUGAGGUCUUGCAGUUUAUCACUUCUGAAAUCUUCGUGGGUUUCAUGAGGGCAAGAUGUCCAUGGAGCCUUGGAGAAUCCCAUGGUGGAUACAAGCAUGUUGGAAGAAUUCAUUAGUAGUGACAUAGAGUUUGGAACUUUGCAAAGCCAGUUGCCAGACUCCCCACCAGACUCUGGAUCAGAACCAUGUUCUCCACCACAGCUACAAACCCCACGGUAUGAUACUACGUGGCCCAGUGGGCUGCAGCCUCCGCCCCCAUGCCCUUCUGCUGUGGCACCCAGCAAGCUUCCCUGCAGGUUCAUGGAGGCUUACCCUGACCCCAGUGCCAUUGGGCAUCCUUGCAGCAUCUCCCAAGGCUGCUGGCCGAAGACGGAAAAUGCUGUGACUCCUUGGAAUCAUUCUACAUCCUCCAGCUCUUUGGGUUUUAAUUAUUCAUACUUUCAGCCUAAUGCAUCUCAGAUUUCUGGUAUUUCUGCAGCACCAGGCAAAAAAAGGAAGCUUUCCCAAUUACUGAGUGAUGUCACUUAUUCUCCAGUGCAGUCUCAGGACUCCAGACAAGCAACUGUUAAGGACUGUGCUGCUGAAGUGCAAGAAUAUGACAGUGAUGGACAGAAUGCAGCCUUGGAAAAAUGCUGUCAAGCUCUAACAUGGCAACCAUAUCAAAUUUCCCAGUGGAACAGCUUAUUUAACUCUAAUUAUGAAAAACUACCUGCUGUAGGAUAUCACAUUGUCACAGAUAAAGGGUUUAAUUUUUCAACAGCAGAUGAUGCCUUUGUGUGCCAGAAGAAGAAUCAUUUCCAAAUCACAGUCCAUAUUAGAAUCACUGGACAUCCAAAAUAUGUCAAAACGCAGCUGGGAGGAAAACCAAUAGAAAAGUUUUACUUGAAAGCUUAUGGAAUUAAGGUGGAAGCUCCAAAUCAAACAAUUACUAUUGAGCAGUCUCAGUCAGAUCGCAGCAAAAAAACUUUCCAUCCUGUUAAAGUUGAUCUGCCAGGGGACCAGGUGACUAAAAUAACACUGGGAAGGCUGCAUUUCAGUGAAACAACAGCAAAUAAUAUGAGAAAAAAGGGGAAACCUAAUCCUGAUCAGAGAUACUUCAUGCUGGUAGUUGGACUGUAUGCUGUCUCUCAGGACCAACUUUACCUACUAUGUGCAAAUGUCUCUGAAAAGAUAAUUGUGAGGGCAUCUAAUCCAGGGCAGUUUGAGAAUGACACUGAUGCGCUGUGGCAGCGAGGACACGUUCCAGAGACGAUAGUCUAUCAUGGUCGAGUAGGAAUUAACACAGAUGCACCAGACGAAGCACUGGUUGUCUGCGGAAAUGCAAAAGUUAUGGGCAGAGUCAUGCAUCCAUCUGACAGCCGAGCAAAACAGAAUAUCCGGGAGGUCGAUACAAAUGAGCAGUUGAGAAGAAUAACACAAAUGAGGCUGGUGGAAUAUGACUACAAGCCUGAAUUUGCAUCUGUUAUGGGAAUAAAAGAUACCCAUGAAACAGGAAUAAUAGCACAGGAAGUGAAGGAACUUUUACCUGAAGCUGUUAGAGAAGUUGGAGAUGUUGCUUGUGAUGAUGGAGAAAAAAUAGAAAACUUCCUCAUGGUUGACAAGGAUCAGAUCUUUAUGGAGAAUGUUGGUGCUGUAAAGCAACUUUGUAAAGUAACGAACAAUCUUGAAGUCAGAAUAGAAGAACUGGAACAGUGGAACAGGAAACUGGCCAGGCUGAAACGGAUAAACAGUUUAAAGUCAACAGUCAGUGAAGAGAGCAAAGUCAGCAGAUACAGUCAAGCUACUAGUUUUUUGCCAUCAAAAAAAUCAGUCCCGCUAAAAUCCAGCAAGGUUUGUUUGUCUAAAACCAAAGAAUCUUGCUCCAUGAAGAUUUUCCGGGUGACUAUAGUAGCUUUGAUUGCUAUUAUGGCACUAUGUGCUUUGACAAUAUGGAGCCUGUAUUUACUUAGCAUUCAUGACAGACGUUUUGAAAAACCUCCGGUUUACAGUACCUCAAGUUCUACUUUACUCUCCUCCACCACCACAACAGCAUUUCAGAUGGAAAGCACAAUUUCUCCGAGCACACAGCCCAUCAGCAGGAUCCCUGAAGUGAAUUUCUGUGACAUUUUGCCUUGUGACAAGAUCUAUUGUUGUCCAAUUCAUCAACCAAAAGUCAAAUCUCUAAGUUAUGAAAAAAGCAAUGCAAAGGAGAAACGAAACAAAAGUGACAUGCUACCUAAAAGAGAUCCAGUCAAAAAACCCAACAGAAGACCUGAUCUUGGAAAUGACUGGAUUGAUACAACAAUCAGUUCCAUACAGAUUUUGGAAACUCAGCAAAGAAUUGACAAUCGCUAUUGCAGUAAAGAUCUCCAGUGCAGCUCCGGAAAUUACAGCUUUGUUAUUCCUGUUAACAAAUACACACCCAUGGAUGUAGAAAUCUCACUGGAAAUAAACACCACAGAGCCAUUAAUUGUAUUUCUCUGCAAAGUCACCUUUGGAAAUUAUUGCUCCCAUUAUUCUUCAAGCCAAAACACUAGGAAGGAUUUCCUAGAAACCACACAGGGGCGUCAGCAUAUUUGGACUCUCCCUGUAGCUAAGUUGUAUGACAGCGCGUACUAUUUCCGUGUCGCUGUACCGGGUUUUGCUGGCUGCUCGACAGACCCUUAUUUUGCUGGAAUAUUUUUUACUGAUUACUACUUCUACUUUUAUCGGCAGUGUAACUAAAAUGUUUCCGAACGUUCUGUUCUUUGGGGAAAAGAUGAAGAAACUCUUGAUAUGAAAAAGAGACUUGUGAAUGACCCAGGAUAUUUUUUAAACCUCUUGCUGAGUUGUAUGGCAUUUUCUUGUUUCUUUCACUUUUAAAUAAUAAUAAAAAAAAAAAAAGUAGAAAAAUAAAGUGUUUGGCAACAACCACAACUCUGCAUUUCCAGUGUCUAAAAGGAUAUGAGGCAAUGGAGUACAUGAUGUGCAAAUAAAAUAAUCCUAUUGAUCAUAGUGAAGUUAUAUGAUAUUGAACAUAUAGCAGACAUAUAGCUCACAAGAACAAAUGGGUAGGAGUUCUGCUCAGCUGGAAUACACUCCAGUUGUCACAAGAUGGGAAGAUGAUAAAAUGUUGGUUGCAGUCAGGAGACUGCUUCUGUCCUACAGGCAUAUGCCUUCUUUUAGUAGCUGUCCUUUUAUAUAUAUAUAAAUCUAUUUCUUUUUCACUAACAAAGCCAAAACCAAACAGAACUCUAAAAGAGAAACAUAACACUGUGCAAAUGCCCUCGAAAUAAGUGUUGUAAGUUAGGGAACAACAGGUCAAUGCAGUGUGUCAAAACAGGUCUGUGUGUUUCUAUUUCAGAAAGCAGACCCAUCAUUACUGUCACAGUUGUGUGAUUUAAUGAUGCUACUGCUGUUUGAAUGAGGUAUGUUUCAGCUGUUUCAGCUGCAUUUUUUUCCCUCUGAAACUGCACAGCAGGAAUGAACUAUUUACUCUUAAAUUCAGGGGUUUUUUUCUUUGUUGUUUGUGAUUUGUGUUAGUGUGAUCAAAGAAGAGAAAUUUUGAGAAGAAUAAUGUCUUGUCUGCACAGUUUUCUAAGUUGCAUAUGGAUAUAUGCUUGCAUGGGAAAAACCUUCCUGUUUAUAUUUAGGAAACACAUUUGUAAGGAAAAGCUAUUUGAAUUAAAUUUCACAUUGGUUGCUCAAAAGGAAAUCAGAUGUAAUAAUCAAGUACAGUAUAAAUAGUGUUGUGGGGUAUGUUUAGAUCAAUCAUUUUGUAUAGAUUAGAGAAAGUAAAUAUAAUGGAGAGACUGUAGACUUUUAAAGAUUUAUAAUGUAAAAGUUACAUUUGAACAACUGUUUUCUGAAUGAAAUUAUUUAGCAGUGAAAGGGAAACAUUAGGAAGAAAAAUUCAUGUCUAAAAAAGUCUUUGUAAACACCAAUGUGUCUUAUUUGUAUAUUUAUUGCCUGACAGUGUGAUGGGAGAAUUUGUUUCUGGGCCUGCCUUUGGCAUUUCUUUUGUCACUAUUUUGGGAUUUCCUUUAAGGAAAUCCUUCUCACUGAUUUUUUUUUAAAAGUAUGUGCUUCAGUUGGGUUUAAUUGCAAUGUCUGGCUUUUUUUUCCUUAAAUGGCUCACUAGUUUGAUCUUAAACACAUGAGAUUUGUGUGUGUUUUUUGGUUUUAUUUUUUUUUCCUGGGAGGUAUUUAUGGGGUAAACCACAUGUUCUGUAAUAUCCCAGAGACUAACUGGACUUGGAAAUCUGGAUCCAAAAUUGUCUAAAGUUUGUGCCUUUAGUUUUUUGUGGUCCAUUCUUGUCAGAAGAGUCAACUGCUCACAGGUGAUAAUGCGUGUGCAUUUUGAACAAAAAUUGUACCUUUUUAGAUCCACCUUGUUUUCAUCACUGUUCUGGAUUGUAAUACUCUUCCCAGUGGCACAGAGCACUUCACCAGGAGAAUAUAAGCUCCAAGUGCUUCCUGUUAUCAACAGGCUUUCUGAAAUUAGAGUUUGGAGUGAGAUGCAUGUGGGAUAGCAACUGUUCUCUUUGUUAAAAAGCUUGUGGUGAUUUCUGUCCAUUUUGGAGUGGAAUUACAGAAGCUCCAGGAAUGAUUCUCUCUCCUGUAUCUGCCAAGACUUCACUUUACUACGUUUGGGAAGUGAAACUCAUCUUGACAGCACUGGACUGGUGACAUUCUUGGCCUUCUCCCUUGUAUGACAUUGAACCAGAACUACUGUACAAGAAUACCAUGGGGAAAAUAUGGCAUUUUCUGUCCUGUACAACCAAAGGAAGUAUGGAUUGACUUUUCCAAGUAAAAAGGUUCUGAAAAGUUCAAGCAUGUCAA